AUGGAGCAGGCAGGGUCUCUAUUCCUGAGUCGUAUUGAGAGACUGAAUCUAGUCACUUGUGCCUUGCAGAAGCAGAGGGAGCCAAGCCUCCCUACAGGCACCAACUUCAUCUCCGUGGUCAAGGUGAAUACCAUGGCCUCGCCCUGCCCAAUGGCCUUUAACUCCACCAAAUACUUCCUCAUCCCCGUCUACUCUGUGGUAUUGGGGGCUGGCUUGCCGCUGAACUGCCUAGCGCUUUGGACCCUGGUGUCCCAGAUAAACAAAUCCAUCGUCCUCUCUGUCUAUAUGCUGAACCUGGUAGUAGCUGACCUGCUGCAGACCCUGAUGUUGCCCUUCUGGAUCUACUACAGCUACUGGGAUCACAACUGGGAUCUGGGGACCGGGGCCUGCGUGGCAGUCAGCCUGGGCUUCAUCACCAACUUCUAUGCCAAGAAUGGCUUCCUGUGCCUCAUUGCCAUGGAGCGCUACAUAGGUGUGGUCCAUCCCCUGUGGUUCCGUGGGCUACAGACAAUACGUGGUGCCACCAAGGUCAGCGCUACUGCGUGGGUGCUGGUGCUCAGCAUCUGCUCCAUAGGCACUGGGCUACUGCGGAAGGAGCCAGAAGCAGGGCGCUGCUAUGAGGGUUACCCACUGGGCAUGUCCUAUGCACGUUUUAAGAUGGCCACCAUGGCUUUGUCCUUCUUCCUACCCUGCUUCUUCAUGGGCUUCUUCUACCUCCAGGUCCUGCACAAGCUCAGGCAGGUGCCAUCACUGGAGCGGAAGACAAAGAGGCAAAUCUACAGCUUCAUCUCCCUCAUCAUCAUCUCCUUCUUCCUGCUUUGUGCUCCUUACCAGGUGACCUCCUUCUACAAAUACCAGAGGGAGAUGGUUCAGAACAAUGAAGGUCUCUGCCUCUUUGAGACAAACCUCUUCAUUUACAGCCAGGUAGCACUGUGCCUCACCACUCUGGGCAAUGUCCUGGAUCCUCUGCUGUACAUCCUGCUCCUCAAAGACGUGCGGACAGAACUUGGAAAUCACUUAAAAUGCAAGGUCUUGGCUCAGGGUCACAAGUAG